AUGAAGCUUCCAAUCAUUCUACUAGGAGCAGGCGUUGCCGCGACACAAGCUUGCCUACUCCCUCACGAGCUUGAGACUAGGGACCAUCAACGAGAGGCUCCAACAAGGAGAGCCUCUCCCAGCCGUCGCGAGGCCCAUGUGGAUUAUCCAAUUGGUACAGGUGACCGUUUCAAAGAUGGCACAGUUCCUGUUGGCCUUGGUGUAGAGGACCGUUCACUAGAGAGCAUUCUCAACAUUGACGAGGUUCAUUCAGCACUCAGGAGCCUAGCCAGUACCUACGACGGCGUCGAAGUCUUCUCGGCGCCCUUCCAGACGUUUGAGAACCGGACCGUCUACGGAGCUACGAUUGGGAAGGGAAGUCCUCGCGUGUUCAUCCAAGGUGGCCUCCACGCCCGAGAGCGCGGAAGCUCCGACAACGUCAUAUACGCAAUCUCAGAUCUGCUCCAUGCAAGCAAGACGGGGUCCGGUCUAACCUACGGCAGCAAGACCUUCUCCAACGAGCAGGUCAAGCAGGCUCUGUCGGCCGGCGCGGUCAUCCUGCCGCUCAACAACCCCGACGGCGUGCUCUACGAUGCCCAGACCAACACGUGCUGGAGGAAGAACCGCAACACGACCAGCAGCACCCCCGGCAGUCCCCGCACGGUCGGCAUCGACAUCAAUCGGAACUUUGACUUCAUCUGGGACUACCUGAAAUACUUCAGCCCCAAGGCCAAUCUGGGCUCUGCGGCCUCCGACAACCCAGCAUCCGAGAUCUUCCACGGUCUCAGCCCGGCGUCGGAAGCCGAGACGCGAAACACAGUCUGGGUGGAGGACUCGAACCCGGACCUGUCAUGGUACAUCGACGUCCACUCGUACGGCGGCGACGCCCUCUACGGCUGGGGCAUCGACGACAUGCAGACGGUAGACCCCACGAUGAACUUUGGCAACGCGUCGUACGACGGCAAGCGAGGCGUGCUGGGCGAGGACCCGCCCGACGCCGUCUACAAGGAGUACAUCGACCCCGAGAACCUGGCCGCGGGCAUCGCGACCACGGCGCGCCUCGCCGAGACCAUCACCAGCGCGGGCAGCAUCGAGUACGUGUCCCGGCAGAGCGUCUCGCUGUACCCGACGUCGGGCGGGUCCGGCGACUACACGCAGUCGCGGUAUUUGAAGAUCGAUCCGGGGACGCGCAUCAAGAGCAUCACGCUCGAGUUUGGGAAGGCGACGGACAGCGACGCGUGCCCGUUCUACCCGAACGACGAGGAGUUUCACAACAAUGUUCGACAGGUCUCGGCGGGGUUGGUCGAGCUGCUACUUGCGGAGGCGGAGGCAGGUUCGGCAUCGAAACGGAGGGGAGUCGAUGGGUAA